AGGUUGAACUAAUAAUCAAAUAUGGAUGCCACAAGAAGAACUAGUAUUGGAAAUUGUGACUGCAGUGUCUACAAGCAUGGCUUCUUCAUAAAAUCACCACCACCUCAGCUUUUUAAUAAUCAGGGUUCCUGGAAAAGGAGAUACUUUAUUCUUUCUCAUUCUCCUCAAAAUGGUUACAUCUUAAGCUAUCACAAAGGCCAGCAAAUAAAGGGCCAAAUUGAAAUCAAUGAGGCUUCAAAAAUAGAAAUUGGCAUAGGUGACUUUGAGAAAAUGUCUGUUGUGAAAAAGAUGUUCAGGUGCCAGCCCACUGAAGUGAUGAGCAUCACUACAGAGAAUAGAAUAUUUUACCUUAUUGGAAGAGAUAGCAAGGAAGUUGAGGAAUGGGCCACCUUCAUGUUUACAUUGUGCUCAGAAAAACAGAAACUGAAAAUCAGAAGUCGUUCCAAAUCCAUCCCAGCCGGUCUUGAUACCUUGGAUACUACCUCUAUCAAGGAUCAGAGUUUUGGCACUAAAUAUGAAGACACAGCAGCAUCAGCUUACAAAAGAAGGCCAAACUCAGACCCUAGUUGUCAAGAAAUCCAGAAGGAAUUACAUAUUUAUGAGUCACCAAGAAAACUCCUACAACGUCUGAGGCAACUGACAAAUAUUCCUGUUGAAGAACAGGAAGAAAAAGACAAAGAAGAAUAUUAUGCUUCUCCAACAAGUCUUUUAGCUCAGUUGGAUGAGGUGAUUGAUGAAUUUAACACUCUGGGAGAAUCUACCAUCUCAGACAAUGAAAAGCCUAGUAGCACUAAAGAAUACAUGUCCAUGAAAGAUUUGGUUUCAGAAAAGGUGGAAGAUAAAAUAAAGCCAAAAGAUGUCAAUAAUGAAUUAGUGAUCCUUCCCCCAAAUCAGAUGGAUAUACAAGUGGCAGAAAAUAGUCAACAUGAACCAAGGCCAUUACAAAGAAUAUUGGGGAAAACAUCCAAAGUCGUCUAUAUAUCAGUGGUUCAAUUGUCCAUUAUUCUCAGUGAAAUCACAGAUGAUAAUCAGUUGGAGCAGGUGGAUAUUCUCCUUCCCCAGAAUAAAUUUAUUUCCUACUUAACAUUUGUAAAAGCUUCUGGACGUAUAUGCAUUUCUCAUUGGAAAGAUCCGUAUCAUUUAGGAUGCAUAUUUCAUCAAGGAGAUUAUAUAGUGGCUGUGAAUGAUUUGCAAAUCAAAGAUAUGGAUGAAAUCUUUUGGUUCAUAAGUAGAUCCACAAGAAAUGAGGUAAAAUUGACAAUAAAACGACUCCCAAAUUCAGAGAUUUUGCAUGUUCCAGGAUGCAAGUGUCCAUAAUGGCAUAAAAGAACAGUUUUAAGUGACAUCUCCCAACAUGAAUAAACACAAAUUGCAAAUUGUGACAGUAUGGACUACAUGAUCUAAUCUAAGAAGUGGGAUUCCACAAAGUCAGUCUUCAAUUUUUUAUUAAUUUUUAUUAAUGAGUAGAUACUGUAAACACUUAUUUUCUCUUCAGCAUGUUCCCAUAUUGCGUUGCACUUUUGUAUUCAUACUAUAAGAAAAUAUUAUAAACUAUUGUGAUGUAAACAGAUUGCUGCUGUCAGAAUGUAACCAAGAUCAAAUAAUUGAUUGUGAAUAGAAAAUCCAAGAGUUUGUUCAAAGUACUAUAGAAAAUGGUAUGAUUCCUUCUGUGUAUAGUUUGUAAUCUUUUUAUAAACGAUUAAUUAUUUAAUACAUUGGUACAGAUGGUUAAUUACAAAUCCAUCUAUAAAAGGUUCAAUGCAGAAAUUUAAAAACUUUAAGAUAUGAUUUUAUGUCAUUUUAUUAUACUCUUAUUGAAAGAAUAACUUUUAUAGCAACUUUCAAACAAGAGGGUUUUAUUUCCAAAAUGCUGAGAUUUAUAAGAAUGUUUUAUAAAGCUUUCCAGAAAAUGUUCAGCUAACAAAUUUAACAAAGGGAUAAGAAUAUUUGCCACAUUAUCUUGGUAAUCUUCCAUAAUCUGAUGUUUUCUAGAUGUGUUGAACAUUCAUUUUUAGCAACAUAGCCACUAGAAAUGUCGAGCCCACCUGAAAAGUACCAGACUGACAGGUGGUCUUAUCUGUUCAUUAAAUCAAGAGAAGCACUGUAGUCCCACUCCUUUACAAAUAGGCAUUUACACAUUGUGUAAAUGUAUAUUUUGAACCAUAUCUAUAAUUAAUAAUGUGAGCUUCAAAGGAAAAAACAUGGAGAGAGAUUUCAAAUGUUUCUAGUUUUGAGCUUUUGGUGAAGUAACUAACAGCUAAAACUUAAGUUACAUAAGAAUCAUGUCACUCUUGUCAAUUAAAUUCUUGGCACCUUCCAAGCCUAGUUAAAAAAAAGUCCUGGUAAAUAAAUAAGAGUUUAGUAUUUAGUCUUUUGGUCCAGAUAAAAUAGCUGCCUUUGUGCUAAACUCCAAAUUAAAUAUUCAAAAAGAAAACAUUAAUAGUGCAUCAAAUUGUAUUUUUCUAUUCUGUAUUUUUUUAGCUAUAAAAAAAAGAUUACUUAUGGAAAACAGGAGGGGAGUUAUUUCCCUUUUUAAAAAAUUACAGAGACUCAUCUUUUGACAUAAAGGAAUACAGAUAAUUAAAUAUGAUUUAGUUUUGAUAUAUCUCACAAUAUAUGGUUCUAUUCAUAAUUCAGUAUGUUUCUGUUCCAACUUUUCAAUACUUUUAAAAGAGCUGAGGUGGCACAGUGGUUAAAUGCAGCACUGCAGGCUACUUCAGCUGACUGCAGUUCU